AGUCAUGGCAUCGGAGCCCUGGAGAAUGGAUCCAUUGCGACAUUCACCAUUUGUGAUCAGCAGCGUUGUACUUUUAGUGACGGCUUUCGCAUGCUGUGAAAGAUAAAUCAUGCAGUUGCACUGACAUUUUCAUGAACAUGCACGCUUCUAAUUCAGCUUCAGAAACUCUGAAGCUGCACUAGCGAGAUUCAGUGUAAGCAGGCGCAGUAUGAUUUAGUUUCAAGCUUUCCUUAACUGCCGGUCUGCAAUUCUAGAAUUCUGAGUGCUCACAAGGCAGUUGCAACGUCAGAAUGCACUAGGUAGUAUUCCCUCGUGUAAGUAGGAUGAUAUGAUGCGUUCCCAUGGGUGGCCGAUGAGCUGACUUGUUUCAGUCAGACAUGCUCUUUCAAUUUCUGGUUCGUUUCCAGGAUCCAUUUCUGUGUCUGGCAACACGAGUGGGCUGUCAACUAUGCCAUGUGCACAUCUCAUCAAAGAACCCUCUACCUGCCUUCUCUGGCGCUUAGCUUCAACUGUAAUGAGCUGCAGAGGCCCGAGCUUAGCAAAUUUAAAUCCCGUUUUGGAUUAUUUUAAAGUACAAUCCUAGCACACAGAAAAUUCUGGACGGAAAUCAUCGCAGUGGCGCUCAAUCUAAGCCAGUUGGGCGCAGGGAUACAUGUCUUCUUGGAAUGCAACUGAGAGUUUCUGAAUUAGUUCUGGACGGCUUCUUGGAGCCUUGGUGUGCUUGGACCACCACGUCAAUACAUCAAGAAAUAUUUAAACUAUCAAGUUCGCGCAUGAACUCUCACCAUGGAAACGCAUCCGGAGUUCUAUCACAAAGUUGAAGUGCUCUACAUCCUUAUCCAGGGGAACGAGCAAAUCGGUCAUCCACACAUGAUACAAGUGCAGUAUCCCUCCCAUCAACAAGCUCCUACUCUUAGAGAUGUAAAGUGCCGCUUGACUGCGCUCCGUGGGAGAGGCAUGCCGGAUUUAUACUCCUGGUCUUACAAAAGGAGCUACAAAGGAAACUUCAUUUGGUGUGACGUAUUCGACAAUGAUGUUAUACUACCUCUCAGUGGAAGUGGCGAAUACGUUCUCAAAGCUCUGGAGGUUUUUGAGGUAUCACUAGAUGCCUUGGACCAAGAAGUAGCGGUGCACCAGGUGGCGGCUCAGUCGGCGAUGAGGACAUUGCCAAGAAAUAGAUGUAGAGGGACUGAUCAAUCACCGAUGCAGGAGCAACAUCUUACUGAAAUGCAUAUUAUUGGCAAUGUCUGCAAUACGAUUUCUAGUAUCUUGGAAUCGAAGCACGAUUUAUUAAGCGACUCAGGACUCAAUAACAUCGCCACAAAGGUGUUUAGCAAUUACCACAUCGAUAUUUACAACUGCGGUAGACCUGCAUUUGUAUCUGGAGACUUGAUUGAGAAUAAUAAUGCCUUUGAAAAAAUCAAAGUAAGUGAUUCGUCAACAUGCAAAUGUGUCUCAAACGGGAACGAAGGAAUUUUGGCUGAGCCCUGCGACACAUCCUCAAACUUUAUCUCUGGAAUGCUCUCCUCACAUAAGGACGCGAAGAUGGAAGCGAAGGAGUUGCCAGUUGGUCUGAUGAUGGUUUCCUCUGACCAUAGUGAGAAGUGUUCUUUUGUAGUCCCAGCAGCGGGAUUUUCGGGAAGGGAAUCCACUAAGAGGAGAACAUGGGCUGUGAAGAAACAAGAUAAUUCUAUGACAAUCGAUGGCAGAACCUCACGAAGGUCCAGCCAGGAUGAUCGAGUACCCACAAUGAGUACACGAGACUCACCAUCCACUUCGAUUGCACGGCCUUGUUUACCAGUGCAUCCAUUUACUUUUAUGGUAAAGAAAGCUAUUAGGUUUCGGCGCACACAGUUGUGUACGAAAGUGGAAGUCGUGGAAAGAUUCCGAACUGUACCGAUCGAAGAACUUAGCUUCCUAAGACCCACAUCGAAAAGUCAACAUGGAAUAGGGUCAAAGAAGGCAUCUCCAAAGCCUCGUUACAGUAAAGCUGAGACUGAGAAUUCCAAGCUUCAGAGGAGGGGUGAGAUGACAGUUGGAGGACAACAGGGAGAAGUCAGAAGCCUCUCUGAUGUUUUGGAGACUACGAGAAGUGGAUGUAACUCACAGAAAAUGGACAAAGAGAGUGUCAGAAAAACUGAAUCUGCUCGACAAGUGGUUAAUUUUGACGCUAAUACUACUGCACGGUGCAGAGAGGUGGACGUUGUUUGUGAAACAGUUUUACUUCCAGAACGAGUCUCAGGGAAGGAUCAGAAGGCCGUGUCCGAUUUGAAUAGCAACCAGCUGCUGUUGAAACCGGAUACGAAAAGUUUCAAGGCGGUUACCAAACCAGCUGUGCAACACCCCUCUAAGCAUGGCGAUGAACAGUCCUCAGCUUCAUUCAAUCAAGGAUUUGCCCAUACCCAUCAUCUCCCCAAAGCUUUCAGACGUCAAGGGGCCACUGUUGAGAUGGAUCUCAAGCAGCAGAAGUCCCUCUUUCCAGUGUUGAUAGGCGCUGCAGCUACCAAUAAGACUUCCUUUGCUAGUAACGAUUCUGUCCUGACGAAUCAAAAUCUAAAAGCGCUGAAAUUUCCAAGGAAAGUGAAGAAGAAUUUUCAUAAUAGUUUUCCUGUCCCGGGCUCAGAAAAGCGAUUUUCAGAUACGAAAGUAUAUCCAUCAAGAGAAAGUUCUGUAUUUGACUCUGCAGCGUUGCACGACGAUAUUUUGCAAGACGUGAACAUGGUAAACCCAAAAGAAGAGUUGAAGGUUCAGAUGCCUCCUGCCGCAACAAGCUCCCCUGAUGAAGAAUCAAUGUCAUCCACAACUGCACCUGUGAAGCAAGACUUCAAGCACAGAGAAGAGAGACCACUGACACCAGGUCUGACGGAGAUGCAUUGGGAGAACUUGCUUCAAAAAACCGAUUUUCUCAGUCAACCUCCUCAGGAUUUGGUUCUACAUGAAUGCUUUCAAUGCGGGAGGACUUUCAAACCUGAAUCGUUGAAAGUGCACUUGCGUGGCUGUCACAUCAUAAACAAGCCCAAGCCAUCGGUUUACUUCAGUAAGAGAGUAUCCACUACCUAAACGUGGUGUCGGACAAAGCUCGAACAAAGUGUGGAGGCCAGCAUGCAUCGGGAUGCAUGCUUUUGUAGUAUUCUUGAAAAGCUCUCUGUUGUCAGAGAGGACUCGAUGUAGAGAUAUCUGAAACAUGGUUGCAGGGAAAAAGAUUUUCUUAAUGAUGACUUCGAGAAUUCAAAACAAUUGUCUGGUAAGUUAAUUUCAUGAUGAAUUACUUUUGCCUCAAACACCACAAAACUCCCUGUUCGUUGAAGGUCAACUGUAUUCCCUAAAUGUGUAAGCUUGAGCUUCAAACUUGUGUUUCAAGCCAUCAGAACCUGGUGACAACUGGAUUGAUUCCAUUAAGACCUUCCGGCAUGAACAGAUCUGAAAAUAGAGAAUUGAAAGGGAUAACUGCAUAGGUUGAAUGGAUUCGCCUGCUACAGGCGAUGCUUGCAAUAAUAUCACCUGUUCUGAGUCCUU